UCACUGAGCCGACAUAACGGAAGAAAUACUCCGUGGUGAAUGUAUGUUGGCAUCGUGAUCAGAGUAAUUUAUAUAAACCUGGUACAAUUUUAUGAAUAAAAUCGUAUUUUAAUUUGAAUUAGAGUUAUUGCUCGGAGUGUGAUCAAGACAUUAUUGUCAAAAUAGUUAGUAAAACGAAGUUUUUCUUGUUAAAUACGUAUUACCAUGGAUCAUGUUGGUGGUGGUGGUGGCGCAGAAGAUCACCGAAGUGGAAGUCAAGGAAAAGGACGCGGAAGUUGGACGAAUAAUCCUCCACCUCUUCGACGACCGCAUAAUGUUAGAUCAGCAUCAGUUAAUCAAGUAGGCGAAAUGCUCAAUAAUGUGUCUAUCAAUGACGUCGUCAGAAAUUCACAUUUAUCAGCAGAAGCACGUGAAUUUACUCCUCGAAGUGCGGUAAAUUUACAAAUGCUGCACAAUCGAUUGAGUCGAACUUCUGUUCAAAAUCGAAUAGACCUUGCCAGAAAUGCUGAUACUAGGAAUCAAAGUUAUCAGCAUCAACAAUAUCCAUACCAAUAUCAAGAAACAUCUAAUCAACCAUCAUCAUAUAACAAUAUCUCAGUUGACGAUGGUUUAGAUAAAACUUUGAGUCAACUCAACACCGCUAUGCAAAAGUUAUCAAGUUUUCCAGAUCAAUUUGAAAAUCUAGUCAGUUCUCUCGUAGACACCAUUUCUCCUCAUCUUGAAAAUGAAGCUCAUGCUCGUGCUAUAAUCUCAACUGUAAUUUUAAAGUGUUUAAGCGAUUGUAACUUCCGAUACAGUGGAGUUAGACUUUGCUCUCAUAUUGAUGCCGCAAAUUCAUCAUCGAGUUCUUCUUAUAAUUUUCGAACAGCGUUAUAUGAAUGUUGUGAACAGGAAGCUAAUAAUCUUGCGGAAACAUGGCCUAAAAUAAAACAGCAUACCGUCGAAGAUGAACAAAAGUGCCGUGGACUUAUGCUAAGUUUAGCUGAAUUAGUUGCUCAAAUGAAUUCUGAGCAUGCUGUAGUUUUAGGUAAACGUUUAAUUGAAGUCAUUUCAACAACUCUCAAGAAUCCAGGGCCUACUUCUGCCAAAUUUAUUUGUCAAUCUCUAAAAUUGGCAGGCCAAUAUUUAGAACGAGAGAGCAGUACAAAUAGAGAUGAAAUCGAACGAGUUAUGAAAGAACUUUCAUCCCUCGUAAUUCAAGGUCGUGUCGACGUACACACGGGUCGUAUGGUUGAUAGUGUGAAAGAAUUACGAAAUGGUAAUUGGGGGCAGGGUAUAUCUUCACAUGGACCUACGCCUGUAGAAAUAAACCAGAGAAUAUCCCAGAAUCAGGUACAACCGCAGUAUCAUCAGCAACAGUAUCAACAUCAACAUCAACAACAACAACAACAGCAUCAACCACAACAAUUUGAUGAACCAGUGCUUUAUGGUCCGGAUGGAAUGAUUUUGUCAUCAGAGGAAAGACAGUUUUGUCAAAAUCUUGCUAAUUUUGAGUAUGAUAGUGAAGAUUCAUCGAUUGUGGCUAUACAACAAGACUUGGGACUUGAUCCAUUGGAAGAAGCUGAAAAUGAUAUGAUGGCUGAAGCUUAUGAGGAAUUUUUAAAGCUUCCGCCCAACUUAACGCCAGUAAUUAAAAAAUGAAAAUAAUUCAAAAACAAAUACGUCCUUCCAAAUUAUAGCUUACGUAUUCAAUCAACUUGUUAUUUCAUUAAUGAAAUACGUUUUAAUUACGUUAGUAAUCAAUUAAUUAUCGAUGAAAAUAUAUAAUAAUCAGGCACAUUAUAGGAAAUGUCAUGACAAAUUUCACUUCUAAUUAAGUGUGUACAACCAUUUAGAUUAAGAAAAUCUUUUUAAUGGAUAUAAAUAUGUACGUAAAAGUUCUAUGAAUGUAUAUUUAUAAUAAUAAUUCAUUUAUGCUCGAUUUAUAGCACUUACUAAUGGACUCAUAUAAUUAAAUAUGAAAUUGAUACCAAGCACAUAAUAUUGCAUUUUUUUAUGUAUGAACUUUUAUUAAUAACUUUUAAUUUAGAUGUAUUAUUAUUAAUUCUUGCGAUAUCUAUUAUUGUA